AUGAGAAAUCAGUUGAUGGCAGUAAACCCUCAGCUAAUGGGCACAGGCCAGCAGAGGAUGCAGGCGAUUCCCUCCCAGUUUGAGCCUCGACUGGUAGACAGAGAUCUGUUACCCUCAACUGAAAUGAUGGCAUCAGCUGACCCAAGACAAAUCCAUAUAGCGUCCCACCUUGGACCCACAGUCCCACAGCACGCAAACAUGCCGAACAUAUUGUCUAACCGUGUUUACCCAGGCCCAGGAUAUAGCUUUCUGCAACCAGAAUCCAUGGAAGCUGUGGCCAGAAGACAGGAAUUGGUUCAAAAGCAAAACAUUGCCAGAAUGGAAAUGGAGAUGAGUGCUAUUUUGCAGCAAAAAGAAAUGGAGAAAGCUCAUCGGAAAGGGCUACUGGGCCUGGAAGCACCUUUCCUUUACCACGGGAUGCCAGCUAGUCCCAUUGCUUUCCGUGGCAGGCACAGACUACCUGAAGGCCAUCUUCCCAGCGACUUAUAUGUUCAUCGUACCACCCUGGAUGAAAUUCAUGGCAACACUAUGCUCAUGGCAACCAGCCCAUACCCCCCCGUCAGCACUUUGCAAAGGGAGAGGGGACGUCGACCAGGGAGAAGAGCUGGAAAUCACAAAACUGCAGACUGUAGUGCCAAUGGCACAAAGAACCAAGCUGACGACAAAACCAUGGACCCUGCUUCAGCUGCAGUGGAUGAUGAGAAAGAAGACAAGAAAGAAGCAGAGGUGGAGACACCAAACAAACAUGAACAAAGCAAAAACCAGACCGAGCCAUCUGCAGUUGCCAAAAACUGUAAAGAGUUUGAACAAAGCUUGAGAAAAAACUGUGCUACUCAUGAAAUUUCUGCUGAAACCAACAGCUGCAGCAAUACAAAUGAGAAGGAAUCUAAUAGCUCCUGUGCUGCUUUUGAUGACAAGUACAUGUACCCUUCUGCAAUCCCAUUCUCAGCGUUACCAUAUGGAUUUCCAAUACCCAGCAACCCAUUGCUACCUUCAGGAGCACAUGGCCUGAUCCUGAAUGGGGAAGACAUUUCUUCCAUUGAAGACAUUCGCAAGUGGACCGUUGAUGAUGUAUACAACUUCAUCGUCAGCCUCCCAGGCUGUUCAGAUUAUGCCCAGGUAUUUAAAGACCAUGCUAUUGAUGGAGAAACCCUCCCGCUGCUAACAGAGGAACAUCUCCUGGAUACAAUGGGAUUAAAACUCGGACCAGCAUUAAAAAUCCGCUCUCAGGUGUCUCGACGUCUGGGCAACGUGUUCUACAUGAUGAAUCUUCCUCUGUCCGUGCCCCUACCACCUGCUCCAGGCAAACCCUCACAUCAGCCCUCCGACAUAGCCUCCCCCCUUCACUGCAACAGCAGUGGCGAUACGCUGGAUAGUCCCUGCUCUCAGGACCCAGAAACUUCAAAAGCAGUGGAACAGAUCGUUUCAGAAAGCAGGGAAAAUCCAUGUGACGCAGCUGGAUCUCAGGCUGACUUCCAGAUGAUCACUUUUCAGAAAAGUUGA